AGUGUGUCUCAGAGAGGUGGGAGGGCCAGUCUUGUGUGUAUAAAUACCGAACUGUAGAGACACAGCCUGAAAAGACAUCUGAGGACACUUGGAGCAAAAUUUUAAAAGACCUGAAUAGGAAGAGGAUCUGCGAUGGCCAACCACAGUGGUUUGAUUAAUAAUGUGGAUCUGCGAAGUCAUGAAAACAACUUGGCUCACCGCACCAGGGAGAUCGAUAGGGAGCGCCUGAUUGUCCGCAGGGGUCAACCCUUCUCCAUAACUUUGCAGUACUCUAAGUCUCUGCCCCCCAAACACCACCUGGAACUGGUCCUGCACCUAGGUAAGAAAGACGAGGUGCUGAUUAAGGUUCAGAAGGAGCGUGGGGACGGAGACAAGUGGUGGUUUAACCAACAGGGAGCGCAAGAUGAGAUGCUGCUGACUCUGCACAGUCCAGCGGACGCUAUCAUUGGCCAGUACCGUAUGGCUGUGUUGGUGAUGUCACCUGAUGGACGCAUUUUAGAGAAGACCGACAAAAUUAAGUUCCACCUGCUCUUUAACCCGUGGUGCAAAGAUGAUGUAGUGUACCUCCCUGAUGAGAGUCUGCUCCAGGAGUAUGUUAUGAAUGAAGAUGGAGUCAUUUACAUGGGGAGCUGGGAUUACAUCAGAAGUAAUCCCUGGAAUUAUGGACAGUUUGAGGACUAUGUGAUGGACAUCUGUUUUGAAGUCCUGGAUAACUCCAAGGAUGCCCUGAAAAACUCAAAGAUGGACGUUGAGCACAGAUAUGACCCCGUCUAUGUCAGCAGGGUGAUCACUGCGAUGGUGAACUCUAACGGAGACAAGGGUGUGUUGACCGGUCGCUGGGACGACUCAUACUCCGAUGGAGUUCCACCGUACAAAUGGACCGGCAGCGUGCCGAUCCUUCAACAGUGGAGUAAGGCCGGCGCAAGGGCGGUCAAAUACGGCCAAUGCUGGGUCUUUGCUGCCGUCGCCUGCACAGUGCUGCGCUGUCUGGGAAUCCCAACACGCCUCAUCACCAACUUCUCCUCAGCCCAUGAUGUCGAUGGCAAUCUCUCUAUAGACAUCCUGCUGGAUGAAAGAUUGGAGAGCUUAGAAGGAAGAAACAAGAAAGACAGUAGCUGGAACUUCCACUGUUGGGUCGAGUCCUGGAUGAAGAGAGAUGAUCUCCCCAAAGGAUAUGACGGCUGGCAGGUGUUGGACCCCACCCCUCAAGAACUGAGUGAUGGUGAGUUUUGCUGUGGUCCGUGUCCAGUGACGGCCAUCAAGGAGGGAAAUCUGGGAGUAAAGUAUGACGCUCCGUUUGUAUUUGCCGAAGUGAACGCUGACAUCAUCUACUGGAUUGUCCAACAAAAUGGCGAAAAGAAGAAGGUCAAGGUGGACCAGUCGGGUGUGGGGAGGAACAUCAGCACCAAAAGUGUUUACGGCAACCACAGAGACGAUGUCACUCUACACUACAAAUAUCCUGAGGGCUCCAAAAAGGAGAGAGAGGUGUACGAGAAGGCGGGACGCAAGGUCACAGAGCCGACCAAUGGGAGUGCAGAACCAGGACAACUGAAGCUGUCAAUCAAGCAUGCUAAGCCUGUAUUUGGGACAGACUUUGAUGUGAUUGUUGAGGUGAAGAAUGAAGGAAGCAGAGAUGCUCAUGCUAAGCUGACCAUGCUGGUCAUGGCUGUAACUUAUAAUUCUCUCCACCGGGGGGAGUGCCAGAGACAAACAAUCAGUGUGACAGUACCCGCUCACAAAGCCCACAAGGAAGUCCUGCGUCUGCACUAUGACGAUUAUGUCAGGUGUGUCUCUGAGCAUCAUCCGAUGAGGGUGAAAGCUUUCUUAGAGGCUCCAGGUGAGAACGAACCCAUCAUGACCGUGACCAACAUCCCACUGAGCAUGCCUGAACUCCUCAUACAGGUGCCUGGAAAGGCUUUUGUACGGGAUCAAGUAAUAGGCUUCAUCUCCUUCACCAAUCCUCUGCCAGUUGCUCUGAAGGGUGGCGUGUUCACUGUGGAGGGGGCCGGUCUACUGCCGGCCACUGAGGUCCAUGUUAAUGGUGACAUAUCUCCGGGCCAGAAGGUGUCUGUCGAGUUUGUAUUCUCACCCAUGCGGACCGGGGUCAGGAAGCUCCUGGUGGACUUUGACUGUGAUAGACUGAAGGAUGUGAAGGGAGUCGCCACUGUGGUUGUCCGCAAGAAAUACCCCUUUGGAAUUCCUGACCAUUAUUAAAAAAAAACUUUGAGCUUACUGAAACCGACACAUCUUGUAUUGUGAGAUAAUGUGACAUUUUCUGGAUGGGAGAGGAGGAGCUACCUGUUUGAAUGUAUUGCAAGUAUUAUAACAGUGAACUGUAUUAUGCAAAUAAGUUAAAACUAAGUAACUAAGUAACUAAGUUAAACUAAGUUAAACUUAAAUGACAAGUUUGUGUCUUCCAGGAUGACUGUGACUUUAUCCACAAUGAAAUGCUGGACACAGUGCUAGUUUAAUUACCUUGAAGCCACUAUGUGUCAGAUUUGAACACUUCUGACUUUGCAUUACGCCUGGCACUAGAUGCCCACUUGGAAAUGGACAGAAAGACUACAGGUGACAGCGUCAAAAUGGCAAAUAUGUAAUUGCUUUUUGUUUAUGAUCCUCCUCUGUACCGUUUCAUUUCUUGUAUUUCUUACUUGACAGAAUAGCCAAAUUUAACAAGUUUCCUUCUAUCUUCAUUCCCUUCUCCUGGUCCAAAUCAUCGCUGUUUUUUACUCCCUUAAUAUGAACUGAAAUGAAAACUAUCAGGUCAAUAGUCAUGAGGUUGAAGGUUAAAAAUGUGCUAUAUGCUUUGUUAUGCAUAUCCUUGUUGAAAAGUAUCUGAUUUCACAAAAUCUGUUGAAAGUUUUGUUUCUUGAUUACCUUUUUGCACUGCUUCCAAUCCCAUUUUGGUCAAAAUAUGAUGGAAGAUGAAGAAACUACUGUCAUUUAAUCCUAAUAUUUUUGCAUUUUUAUAAUAAUUCUGUGUUUAAGCUGAUAUGACACAUAUGCACAGUAGAGUGCGGAUACCCGACCCGAGCCCGACGGAAUACACUUACUCAUAAUUUGUAUUCUGAAUACGUAACGCCGGUACAUGAAUUCCUUUACUCCCCAACACUGCACAUUGAACAUUUUAAAUUAAACAGUUUAUUAACGUGCGCUUGUUGCCCCGUGUGUGCUGAUGCGCUGUUGACAUUCCCGAAAGCCUUCCUACAGUUGCUUAAUAAAAGCUUUCCACACAAACAAACGUACAUGUGUCAUUAGUAUGAGAAAAAAAUUUGAUUUUAACUGUGUCUGGCUCGGGUCGGGCUCGGACAUAAAUAACCUUAAUUCCUGUUGGGCUCCGGUCGGGUUCAGUUACUGCUCUGUCGGACACGGGCUGGAAAAAUGAGUCCUGAUCAGCACUCUAAUGCACCGUAUACUUUCAAUAAAGUUUUUUAUCACCAGUA